GGUCAUCAUAGGAGUCUGCUAGCCCUGUUCCGCAUUUUUUUUUUAAAAACCAGCAACCACUAUUGUUUGUUGAUGGCUCGUGUCUGUUCUUCUAAUUGACAUCAGAUACUAAAAAAAUACAUCGACAUGUCAGAUUGUUUGUUUGACUCACCUUUGGAGCAGCCGAAGGCAGUUCGCGAGUGGUCGCCUUAUGAAAAUAACGGUGGAACUGCUCUUGCCCUUUCUGGGUCUGACUUUGCGAUUGUCGCCUCAGAUACUCGUAUUAGUACCGGAUAUAGUAUCAAUACUCGAUAUGGUACAAAAGUCAAGCAGUUAACUAGUUUUUGUGCAAUUGCGACAAGCGGUAUGCUAGCAGAUCAACUUGCGCUUCACAAGAACUUAGAAGUCAGAAUGGUUCAAUAUAAACAAUAUCACAGAAAAGAAAUGCCAACUCGGUCUGUAGCUCAGCUGCUUUCGAACAUGCUGUACUAUAAGCGCUUCUUUCCGUACUAUACUUUCAAUGUAGUUGGAGGUAUUGAUGCCGAUGGAAAAGGAGCCGUCUACGGCUAUGAUGCGGUCGGCUCCUUCGAACAAGUUCCCGCCGCCUGCUCUGGAACCGGCCACGAACUCAUACAACCCAUUCUCGACAAUCAAAUUGACAGGCAGCAUCAAACUGGUAAAUCCAAAUGGGAUAUCUCUGUUGAAGAUGCUGUCGCACUGGUAAAAGAUUGUUUUACUUCUGCUGGAGAGCGUGAUAUCUAUACGGGAGACUCAGUCGACUUGCUUGUUAUUGAUAAAAAUGGAGUUCAUUUUGAAAAUUUCGAACUUAAAAGAGAUUAAUACACGUGCAGAACCGCCUCCAAUGUCAAAUAUAAAAAUUUUUUACUAGAUUCUUUUAUGAUUGUCAAGA